CAUCGAGAAUUCGUUAUCACAAGAUAUUAAGAAUAAGACAGUCUUUAUUGAGAUAUUUGAAUUUGCUUAUUUAGAAAAUGGUUAUAAAGUGAUUAUCCGUGCAUCUCCUAAUUAUCACAGCCAAGUAGUUUUCUCAGACGUUUGUGUUGAAAUGGAUAAGUCAGAACAAGAAGAUUAUUUAAUGAAUAAUGGAUUAU